CUUCAGAGAGUGGAGGAGAUGUCAGAGAAGGCCCCUCUGCAGCAGCUUCUCGGGGCUUCUCGUUCAAAUAUUGUCUCAGUGCAUCUGGACAGAUGUAGAGUAGAUUUACCUCUUACUGUACAGUACAAGCAAAACAUGGAGCUGCAGCAGACAGACUACUACUUGCGCCAGUGAUGUGUUCAACAUAACAUCAAUUAUUAUCUAGUUGUGAUUAUGCAUUACUAAAAUAAAAGAGGCUGCACUACAGUUAUAUAGUCACACAUUAGUUUUACAGUUGUCCCUAUUUGUUAUCCAAUUCCAGCACAAUAUCUAAUGUGCUAAGUGAGAGGAGGAGCACUAAGCAGCCAGUAGUUCACCAGAUAAAAACAGCAAUAAACCAGCUCAGCAGCUGAACUCAAUCCUUGGCAGCGAUCACAUCAUUAUCUACAGUAGCAUUAUUAGGCAACUUUGCUUUAUUUCUACUUCGCAAGCUGCUAGCUCGUACAACUGAAAAGUCAAACGCCAUUUUUUAAUGUUAUAAAAGACGACAUACUUUGAUACUGGGACCUCCGCCUCCUCUUUCCUCCGCUUUCUGUAUGUGGCACCUGAGGGCUUGGAGGUCUUUUCAUGAUGACAAAUUAUGGCCUCUUGUUGUCUGUCAGUCACAACCUACCUAUCUGAGAUGCGCACAGAUAACUCGUCCCACCCCCCUCGCCCACAAUGACGUGUCUGAGCACGGUGCAGGACGGGUUCAGGGCCAGGUCAAAUAAUGACAAACAACAGGGGGGUUGUUGUUGUUGUUUACGUUUUCUUUAUUUGUUUGUUUGUUUGUUUUUUCAAGACAGAGCAUGAGGAAAGGGCGCCAGUCGGGGCUGCAAAUUAUUACUAGUAUUUAUUUUAUUUUAUUUAUUCUAUUUUAUUUAAUUUUUUCGAGGGCUUGCAGCUGCGCCCCUGCCAGCAUGUGGUGCCCUAGGCGGCCGCCUAUAUGGCCUAUGCCAAGAGCCGGCCCUGGCCCUUCAUUCAGAAAGCAAACCAUCGUGGCAUCUCCACGACGCCUUCAUUAUUAUUCACUCUAUUUUGCUGCUGGACAGACUCAGGGAGUGGGUUGGCAUAUCAGGAAGCGCAUGAAAUUGGUCCGUCUCCUACCUUAGGGAGAGAAGCUUCUCUGUGGCUGUGGACCCUUUUAAGUCUGACCCCUCUGCCCAUUCGUGUGGCGUGCCUCAAGGUUCCGUCCUCGCGCCCCUUGUCUUCUCCCUAUAUAUGCUCCCUCUGGCCUCCCUCAUCAGUAAUUUCACAGGAAUUUCCUACAACUGCUACGCAGAUGACAUCCAGCUGUACUGUUCUUUCAAGCCCGAUGAGUUGGAGAAACUAACAGUCCUACAGGAGUGUCUCUCUGCCAUUGAAAUCUGGAGGGGCUGUAAUUUUCUCCAGCUAAAUGCUGCUAGGUCAGAGGUCCUAAUCAUAGCCACUGACAGUAUUGCCUCUCGUGUGUCCAUGCACUUGGGGUUCUUUUAAAGAAAAUGUUUGCACCCACCUGAGAAAUCUGGGCGUCUUAUUUGACCAGCCUCUGCAUCUCGACAAGCAUGUCAGAUCCCUCACCCGCACCUGUUUCUUUCACCUCAGAAAUAUUGCAAAACUCCGGUCCAUCAUAUCCCACUCCGAAUUAGAAAUGUCUGUGCACGGCCCUGUGCAGGUGUGUCUGCACUGACGGAGUCAUGUGACGAAGAGUGUGGGUGUUAACACCAAGCUGAAUCAUCCUGUCUCACAUGAUCAGAGGCAGAUCUGGGCAGCAGUUGUGUGUUAAAGGAGUCAGAGGAGCUGGGUGAAAGAGUGCAGGAUGGAAAACCAGUGUGCGACUGGCGAGGCUGUGGAUCCAGAAACAUCACAGCGAGCUCAAACUCAGAUUGAAGUGGGAAGCAGGAGCCUCACCGCCCAGUAUGGAAGUGUCGUCUACAUGCCUCAGCUGAGCAAUGUUCAUGCAAACCAGAUCAAUUUCACUGUCGCCAACACGCCUGUGGACGUCAGUGAUGUUGGAGAAACUUCAGCAUCCUCUUCUCAGUCUGAAGACCUGAUUGUUCCGGUGCCAAAGAACCGAAACAUCUCAUUCUACCAAGAACUGCUUCAAUCACACCUCCAUGAUAAGUUCAUGUGUGCACAAGAAGGGUUGAUGGAAAAGACGGAUGAGCAGCAUCUGGAUGAUAUCUACACAGAGCUGUACAUCACAGCUGGAGGUGACGUACACAUCAACACACAGCAUGAGGUCACACAGAUUGAGGCAAAGAGGAAGCCAGCAGAUACAGAGAAAACAAUUAAACCCAAUGACAUGUUCAAACCCCCCUCUGGAAGAUAUAAACCCAUUAGAACAGUGCUGACCAAUGGAAUCGCAGGAAUUGGAAAAACAUUUCUUGUGCGCAAGUUUGUGUUGGACUGGGCUGAAGGAAGAACCAAUCAAGAUGUGGAUCUUGUUUUCCCCUUCACCUUCCGCCAGCUGAAUAUAUUGAAGGAGAAAAAAAUAUGUUGUUGUUUGGCAGAGCUCAUUCAUAAAUGUAUCAGGGAGACCAAAGACAUCAAGAGAGAAGCUCUUAAUUACAUCUUUACAACUCUGCAGUCAUCAGGAAACACCAACUUUGACAAGAGCAGGUUCAAACUUCUCUUUGUGUUGGAUGGACUGGAUGAGAGCCGCCUUCAGCUGGACUGUUCUAAUAAUGAAAACCAGGAGACGGACUUUGAUGUGACAGAGUCGAUCCCGGUGGAUGUGCUGGUAACAAACCUUAUCAAGAAGAAUCUGCUUCCCUCUGCUCGCCUCUGGAUAACCACACAACCUGCAGCAGCCAAUCAGAUCCAUUCUGAUUUUGUGGACAUCAUGACAGAGGUUAGAGGAUUCACUGACCAGCAGAAGGAGGAGUACUUUGGCAAGAGAUUCAGAGAUGAGGAGCAGGCCAACAGAAUCGUCUCCCACAUCAAGACAUCACGAAGCCUCCACAUCAUGUGCCACAUCCCAGUCUUCUGCUGGAUCACUGCUACAGUUCUGAAGACCAGAGAGGGAGGAGAGCUGCCCAAGACCCUGACUGAGAUGUACACAGGGUUCUUGAAGUUUCAGGCUCAUCAGAUCAAAAAGAAGUACGACCAAAAAAAGUGCCUUCACUACAUUAAAUCAUUAGCAAAACUGGCUUUCCACCAACUGGAAAAGGGCAACCUGACCUUCUACGAGAGAGAUCUCAAAGAGAGUGGCAUUGAUGUCAGUGGAGCCUCGGUGUGCUCAGGAGUGUUCACAGAGAUCUUCAAAGAGGAACGUUGGAGGAAGAAAGAUGAAGACAAGAUGUUCAGCUUUUUACAUCUGAGUGUUCAGGAGUUUCUGGCUGCUCUUCAUGUCCACCUGACCUUCAUCAACUCUGGUGUCAAUCUGAUGGCAGAAGAACAAACAACUUCCUGGUGGUGGCUUCCAUUCAGAGAAAAGCCUGUACUAAUACCAUUCUACCAGAGUGCUGUGGACAAGGCCUUAAAGAAUCUAAAUGGACACCUGGAUUUGUUCCUCCGCUUCCUCCUGGGUCUUUCACUGGAGACCAAUCAGAGUGUCCUACGAGGUCUGGUGGCACAAACAGGAAGUAGCUCACACAGCAUUAAGGAAACAGUCCAGUACAUCAAGAAGAAGAUCAGUGAGAAUCAGUAUCCAGAGCAAAGCAUCAAUCUGUUCCACUGUCUGAAUGAACUGAAUGAUCGUUCUCUAGUGGAGGGGAUCCAACAGUACCUGAGUUCAGGAAGUCUGUCCACAGUUAAACUGUCCCGCGCUCAGUGGUCAGCUCUGGUCUUCAUCUUAUUGUCAUCAGAAAACGACCUGGACGUGUUUGACCUGAAGAAAUACUUCCCUUCAGAGGAGGGUCUUCUGAGGCUGCUGCCAGUGGUCAAAGCCUCCAACAAAGCUCUACUGAGUUGCUGUAACCUGUCAAAGUGGAGUUGUUUGACUCUGUCCUCAGUUCUCCCGUUCUCCAGUGUGAAAGUGGUGGACCUGAGUUACAACAACCUGCAGGAUUCAGGGGUGAACGAGCUCUCUGAUGGACUUAAGAGUUCAGGCUGUACACUGAAGACUCUCAGGCUGAGUGGCUGUAAUCUGUCAGAGAGAAGCUGUGAAGCCUUGUCCUCAGUUCUCAGAUGUCGGUCCUCUACUCUGACAGUGCUGGACCUGAGUAACAACAACCUGCAGGAUUCAGGAGUGAAGCUGCUCUCUGCUGGACUAAAGAGUCCACACUGUACACUGGAGACUCUCAGGUUGAGUCAGACGAGGCUUACAGAAAAAUGCUGUCAGGAGUUCUCAUCAGUUCUCACCUUACAGACCUGUAUUCACAAAGAGCUGGACCUGAGUGACAACAACCUGCAGGAUUCAGGAGUGAUGAUGCUCUCUACUGGUCUGGAGAGUCCACACUGUACACUGGAGACUCUCAGGCUGUCAGGCUGUCUGAUCACAGAGGAAGGCUGUACCUCUCUGGCCUCAGCUCUGAGAUCCAACCCCUCCCAUCUGAGAGAGCUGGACCUGAGCUACAACCAUCCAGGAGACUCAGGAGUGAAGCUGCUGAUGGAUGGACUGAAGGAUCCACACUGGAGACUGGACACUCUCAGGUUGGAACAUGGUGGAGAGCAGAGGCUGAAACCAGGUCUGAGGAAGUAUGCCUGUGAACUCACAGUGGACAUGAACACAGUACACCGCCACCUCAAACUGUCCGACAACAACAGGACAGUGACAGCAGUGAGAAAGAGGCAGCCAUAUCCUGAUCAUCUGGACAGAUUUGACUGGUGGCAUCAGCUACUGUGCACGGAUGGUCUGACUGGUCGCUGUUACUGGGAGGUGGAGUGGAGAGGAGAGGUUUAUAUGUCAGUGAGUUACAGAGGAAUCAGGAGGAAAGGAGACAGUGCUGACUGCUGGUUUGUAGGACAUGAUCAGUCCUGGAGUCUGUGGUGCUGUGAGGAUGAAGGUUAUUUUGUCUGUAGCAAUAAGAGAAGACUAACCCUCCCUUCCUCCUCCUCCUCCUCCUCUUCCUCCUCCUCCUCCGUCUCUAACAGAGUAGCAGUGUAUGUGGACUGUCCUGCUGGCACUCUGUCCUUCUUCAGAGUCUCCUCUGACUCACUGAUCCACCUCCACACCUUCAGCACCACCUUCACUGAGCCUCUUUACCCUGGCUUUGGGUUACGGUCUGGUUCCUCAGUGUCUCUGUGUUCACUGCCUAACCUUUAUGCCCAGGCCAGAAAUCUUGGUUUCAUCUUUGAACAAAUCAACACAGUCGUGAAUCUGCGCUUUCACGAAACAGUUGGUAGCACAGCUUUCACAUCAAAAUGGAAGUGUGCCAUUAUCUAAUGUGUUGCAUUUUUAAGACCAUACGAAGGCCACCCUCCAUCUCAUGUGAGCCAGCUAUUUGAACUGUCACCUACUUAAAACGUGGACGUACCGAUCUCUAAUUGAGCCGAGGUCAUGCUAACGGUAGCUAAUGAGGCUCCAUUGACUUGCAUGUUAAGUAGCUAGCAGGCUAGCGAGGUAGCUGGCUUUGUUGGUGUAUUUUGCGAUCUAUGGUUUAAUUUAAAAAGUAAUAAAUCUGAAGUAUGUCAUACAUGAACUCUUUAAACACUAACCUGUUCAGAGUUUAACAUUAUGUUAUUGCUAACACAGCGGACUUUUGUGUGCAGAGCAGACUGCUGCAGUAUAGGAAAAAUACACAGUACUAGUAUGAAUUAUGUGGUUCAUUCAGAAGUGUCAGAGGACUGAGCUGUUGUCCAUGUGCUUAUUAUGUUAAUCCCUGUGUUGUUUCUUGCACUCUAUGUAAAGAAAAUAAUGUGCUAUUCAAAUAAAUUUGCUUUGCAUUGCAUUUCCUUGCCUUUGUCUGACCACAAACAUAUGUUGGAUGUUUUGGUACAAACAAGUUACAGUGUUAGGUGAAACUAGACGUUGAGAAACAGGUCUGUAUUUGUUACUCUUAUUUACAGCAGUUAGAGAAAGUAUGGCCAAACAAUAUUUUUCCAUGCUUGAAAUUACUUACAACUAAAACACUAAUUUAGAUGGAGUGUGAUGAACAUCUUGAGUAACAAUAUCUAGAAGUGGAGCUGAGCUUUGUCAAAUCCACCUCUGAGCUGGGAUCCAAAUAAUCCUGAAAUUUGGUAUCACAUUGAUCCAGAUCUCUGCCUUAAAGGGAAUUUUUUCUAUAUGUUCUCUGACAUUUAUCCUAACGAUAUGAGGCAGUCUUUGUGGAAAAAAAGCUUGUUUAGUGGACUAACUUUGCACUUGAAGGUUGCCCGUUCACUUACGUUUUAACAGGUCUGACGCUACUAUGCGCCCCGGCUGUAUCUAGGCUAACGGCUAACAUGCUAACUAUUAUUUUUAUGUCACUAGUCACUUGAAACAAAUUUAGGACGAUAGGAGACAGGUUGAAAUAAACCGAAAUUUCCCUUUAAUUUUCGAAAUACCCAAAUGCAGCCUUUAUCUGGAUUAAAGGGAGGAUUGGAUUACCAGAUCUGAAUCCUGAUCCUCAGGAUCUGUGUUGAAAUACCCAGUUUUCAGAUCAGAUCAGGAUUUAAUCCAAUCCAGCCAGGAUAAUCCUAUCAGAUCACUUUGAAAUACUGGGCCCAGUAUUUCAAAACUUUUAAUCUGGAUCAGAAUGAUCCGGAUUUUGUAGUCCUCCUUUUUGAUAUCCCAGAUCAAAUUGAUCUUGUAGAUUUGGUCCUGGUUUUUCAAAGAAUUUUCAGAUAGGAUCAUUCUGAUCCAGAUACCACAAGAUCAGGAUCACAGAAUCUGGAUUUGAGGUCUUUGGAUAUAGGCUGACUACCAUGAUCAUCCCACUUAUAUUUUUACCCCUCAUCUAUUUUUAUUUUGUUAUUCUUCAUGUUGUCUUCAGCACAAGAUUAUGUUGUUUGUCACUUGUUUUAGACAAUAGAUGCAAUUGUGAAUUCACUACCAAAGCAAUUCAAAGUUGCUUUAGAUGAAAGUGUCAGCUAAAUGACUAAUGAAAUGUCUAUGUUGUUCAAACUACUACACAACAUUUCAUUGACACAGAUGUGAGAAUGUUGGGAAAUAUAAGUCUGUUUCCAUAAUGAUUCAUAUCCAUCUAGUUGCUUUAUAGUACACAAUACUAUAAGGUACACAAUACAUAUAAAGCCAGAAUUGCAUGAUGUGAGUUGGUCAUAACCAUCAGUCUGUUGUAACUAUUGCUUUAAAGUUAUUUUGUUUUAUCCUAUGUGAAGCACUUGUGUCAUGUAUUAUUCUCACUGAAAAAGUUGAACACAAAGCUUUUGUCACCACACAACUGUUUGUAUUGAUCAAAAGAGUCUAAGUAAAGUUGACUAUGGCUUCUCUCAUUGACCGUCCAUUUGGUCCAUCUGGAUGCAGUCCUGGCAGUGGCGGGUCAGGCACAUCUUGGGGCUGUGAAUGAUCACCUCUUUAAUAUGUUAAAAAAGAAUGAUUGACGUGGGUACUGUCCCUCCCCCUUUCUUUCUUUUUCAUUUUGGCUUUGUUGUGUUUUUGGUUGAUUUUUUUUUGUAUGGUGUUAACUAUGUAUGAAAGGACAGCAGUUAUACAUUUUCUGUUUGCUCAAUUGAUGAGUUUUGUCUUGGCUGUCUGGAAUAAAACAAAACAGAGUUAAAAAGAAAAAACAAAGUAAAGUUAUUUUGAGUUACAUGUGGGAAUUGGUUGGGUCUAGUGUGCAGUAGGAAUAUUUAGGAUGUGAUAACGUGCUUUCGUAUUUAUUGUGCUUUGUGUAAAAUUAACAUGUAUUUUGUUUACUAUUGAUUUUGUACGACAGCUCUUAUGAUGAGAAGUAAUGUAGCCUAGGCUGUAUUUUGUAAUCUGACAUUCUGGUUUCACAAACUUCAGUUUCCCAGUAAAGUUAAGAAAACAAAUUGAAUGGUGUCAGGCAGUAUCCCUCUGUCCAGCCUGACUGCCGGCAUUAGUACACUGUGCAAUGUGCCAUGUGUCCUACAUCUCUCUACAUCCACCUUGAAUCCAUGCUUGAUCCUUGCUUCCAGUGGGAUCAGGAUAAUCCUGAUUUUUAGCUUCAAAACUUUCCCAAUCUCCACCUUAGAAUUUUGAAAUACCCAAUACCAGCAUUUGAUCAGGAUUCUGGGUAGGACUGGAUUACCUAAUCCAUAUCCCAAUUUUACUAGGAUCAGGAUCACAUAUCCUGGUUUGAAAUACCCAAUUGUGAGAUUUAAUCCUAUCCAGACCAGUCUGAUCCAGAUUAAAAGUUCUGAAAUACUGGGCCCUGG